AUGUACGAAGAAGAAGAAGGAGCGAACAUAAAUAUGAAAAAAUCGGCUAAUCUUGUAGAAAAAAAGGAAGUGUCGGCAGAUUGGGUAGAAUUCGAUGACUUCAACUACGACGACGACAUCUACAGCUAUGGAAACCCGGAACUCUCUGCAGCCUACAUUGCCGACAGAAUAUCUCAUAAUAAAGCUUUCGGCUAUGCGUUGCGCUCGGAGUUGAUAUCCCUUGUCAAAGCAAACCGGUGUCUCUGGGACUACACAUUCGACGAGAACAGGGUUUCCGAGGCAAAGGCCAGAGCGUGGGAAAGUAUCCGUACAGCUAUGAAAAGUAUGGGCUAUGAUUUCCAAGUAAGAAGCCUGAAAAAGCAAUGGAAGAGUUUGAAGGACACGUGGAGGAAAAUGAAGCAACGGACAGCUGCGGAUCCAGGGGUUAGAAACCAGUGGGCAUAUACAAAUCAAAUGAGGUUUUUGGAGGCAGUCGAAUUCACGAACCCCCGCCAUCCGAACUGCGUCGCAUUUUCACGCUGUACUCCAAUCAGGCAUAGCGGAGGGAACACCGGAGAGUCUUUGAAACGAAAAGCUCCAGUAGCUGAUGAAGACGGAUCAGUGGCCGUCCGAGAUAAAGUUGAAGCUAAGAAGUCGCACAUGAGCCCUCCACGAGAAACUCAUGAUCAGUUUUCUGCCUUUGGCCAAAUGGUGACUGAGGUGCUCCGUUCACUUCCUUUGGAGGCGGCAAAGACAAAGAUGCAUAUCAUCAGUACUGCCCUUUUUACAACUGAUGGAGCGGUGCCAAGUGACGGCCGAUAA